AUGGCGACUUUUCUCAAUUCUCCAUGUACACCUGCCAAACCCGCACAUACCUUCUACCAUGACGACAGCGCAUCUCGAAGCCACAAGGCAAACCUGUCUGGCGCAACUAUGCUGGACUUGUUGAGUGGCCCCGAAGGAUCCAUCGCCGCAGCCUAUGAGUCCUCGAGCGUGCACCAGCGUUCUUCUAGGUCGAGGCGGCCAUCCCAAACCUCGAUCACCAAAUCUCAAUUACGCCAGACGAACCGCACUUUAAUCGAAAUCAUCCACAAUGUUCAAGCCGAGCUAGCGACACAGAGAGAGGCAAUGCUCGACAUGCAAACACGGAUCCUUCAGCUUGAAAGUGCCUCGCAAAUAUACAACCAGGACCUUGGCCCGCGUCAUACAAUCGCCGGCCACCGCAAGCGGUCUCAAAUCAGAAGCGCAGAGGGCGCUGCUCGCGAAACGCAGGGACGUUGGGACGCAUACCAGAAAGAUGUAGACAUGCUUGGCCCUCCUCUUAUCGCGAACGAGUUCUGGAAGUCACCUAGCCGUUUCUCUGGCUUCAACUUCAACUUCGAUCUACUUGAGACGAUACCGAAGUCUCUCCAUCCCCCUCCUCCAGAUGUGGACGAUGUUCCGAGUCUUUCUCCAGAUGAGCAGCCAGAAACAUAUACGCCGGGGCUUCGCCGGAUUCCCGCCAGAAUUACCCGGAUCAAGACAUCCGAUCCCACUACGAUGUACCAUGAUGCGGUGAGCGACAUCAAAGAACACGUUGUAGAGUUCGACAAAAUCAAUGCCCCCAUGCCUGUCAAGCUCCAGACACCGCCACGAAGUUCACGCAGCAAGUUGACAUCGAUGCACACACACAUCAUGGCGUCCCUCUUACGGAGACCCUUCGCCAUCACGGCAACAUUGCGACAAGCAUCGCCGAAAGCACCGCAGACCCUCACGAUCCGCGCAUUCCACAACACGCCACUGAAGCAGCAGUCGCACUUCUUCCGCCCCGCAAAGCCCACGGUAUCGACAUCGCACAAUGUUUCCAAGUUCCAGCAAGCGUUCCGACGCGGAUACCAGCAGGCUGCAUACAACCCGGUGGCGCAGGGCGACUUGCGACAGCGCAUGCUGUAUGGAGCCGGCAUCUUCGGUGCCACCCUUCUAGGCAUCAACUUUAUCUUCAACCGCGAGACCCGCGAGGACGGCGGCAUGCCGCCAUUCGAGCGCGAAUACCUCAACGACACCUUCAUGCACACUGGCCUCGGUAUUGGAAUGAUCGGCAUUGCUGCCCGCGCGCUGCACAUGAACGGCUGGAGCUUCAGGCUUAUGAGCGCAAACCCAUGGCUGGUACUCGGAGUUGGCCUGGUUGGAAGCAUUGGCACAAUGUAUGGCACCAUGGCUACCUCGCCGUCUAACUACGUCCAAAAGUACGCCCUCUGGACUGCCUUCAACGGUACUCAAGCCCUCCUCCUGUCGCCCCUCUUCUUCAUGCACCCUGCCAUCCUCGCUCGCGCCGGUCUCUACACUGCCGGAAUGAUGGGUUCAAUUGCUUUCGUUGGUGCGACCGCAAAGACAGACAAGUACCUCUACCUAGGCGCACCGCUUUUGGGCGGCGUGGCCAUUGUGGCGCUUUCUGGCCUCGCUCCACUCGUCAUUCCCGCCACCGCUGCUCGCACACUUAUGUUCACCGAGAACAUCUGGCUAUAUGGAGGUCUUGCAGUAUUUGGAGGCUUCACGCUCUACGACGUGCAGAAGGUGCUGAACCAUGCGCGCCAGGCCGAGCGCGGCUUGAUCCCCAAGGAUCCCGUCAACGAGUCCAUCUCGCUCGAGCUGGACUUCAUCAACAUCUUCGUCCGCAUGGUACAGAUUCUGGGCAUGAGCCAGAACAGGAGGAAAUAA